AUGUACACAUUCAGAGAGACGGUGGAGAUGGGUGUCACAGGGAUGGGGGAGAAGAAAGUAGGCGAGCUGCUCCGAAGAUUGAGUAAAGAAUGGCCAGGGCGCUCAUACGACAUGCUGGCACGAAAUUGCAAUCACUUUUGUGACGAAUUCUGUCAAGCGCUCGGCGUUGGUCCCACUCCAGUGUGGGUCAACCGCUUUGCGUAUGCUGGAGAUGUGACAUUGGAAUUCUACGAUCAAGCAUCAACUCAGCUUUCUCAAUUCCGUGAUUCAAUGACCCAGCUCAGCACCAGCACCUACAACUAUCUCUUUGGCCCACCACAAACGCCACCACUCACAGCAUCUGCAUCCUUCCCGGCGGUGGCCUCUGCUGCUAUGAAUGGGGAAACUCGAGUGCCUGUGUCAAAGAGCAUGGGUGUAAUAAGGGAACCGAAGGAAGGGGAUGGAUCCCCAUUGCUCGCUGCAGAUGGGAAUAGAGAAGGCAAUCGCGCAUCCUUGCCUGUAUUUGCUACAGUGGAGGCAUCUUCAAGAGGGUCUGACACCCUGACACACCGCGACACCCUGAAUCCGCCUGAUCGUAAUUGUGCUGUUAGCCAAGCGAACGGUCCUGUCUGGAUCAGCCAAUCUCCAAUCGCCAGCAUCAUUUGCCUGAUUGCGGUCGUUCUCACAGUAGUCGGGGUGGUCUUCCAGCCGCGAUGGGCCAUCGCCAUCAGCCGCUUCUUCCAGCCAGCAGUGCUGUUUGAAGUUGACACCAAAGAGAAGAUUGUGGGACUCACAAUCGAUGAUGGUCCCAACGGCAAAUUCACUUGCGAGACUCUGGAUAUUCUCAAGGAGCACGGGUGUUCAGCCACCUUCUUCCUUAUCGGGUCCAAUAUUGAUAAGUACCCCGACCUCGUGGAACGCAUGGUGCAAGACGGGCAUGAAGUGGCGAAUCACAUGAUGGCGGACUAUCCAGGCUGCCUGCUCUCCACUAAGCAAUUCAUGGCAUCCAUGCUCGAGGUGGACGCCAAGCUCCACCGCUUCUUCCCGCUUGACUCCCAUGGCCGUCAAAUUAAGUGGUUCAGACCAGGCUAUGGUUUCGCUACGCCGCACAUGCAGCACAGGGCGCUCAGCCACGGGUACAGGCUUGCCCUGGGCUCCGUGUUUCCCCUGGACCCGCUCUUCAAGGGCUGUGGGGCCUUCCUUGCCCGCUUCUGCCUGUGGAAGAUGUACCCAGGGGCCAUCAUCAUCCUUCAUGAUCGCCCCCAGCAGGGCCCACAAACCAACCAUAUAUUACGGAUUUUGCUGCCCGAGUUGAAGCAGCAAGGGUACAGAAUAGUCAACCUGACCGAACUGGUUAACAGUGUGAAAUGCAAAGAAAUUAGCCAGGUUAACGGGGGAAAGCAGGACUAA